AUGACUGACAGAAAACAGAGAACAUUCAAACCACGAAUUAAUCCCUUAGAAUCAAUGACAGCAGCAGAACCGCAGCACAUAUUUAGAUUUGAUCAGGAAGGAAUUGAAUUUAUAACAGAUUUAAUUCAAAAUGACAUUAUGCCUUUGACCAACAGAAAUCACAGUGUACCUGCAAUUGUGCAAGUCAUGGUUGCCUUGAGAUACUAUGCUACAGGUAAGAUGCAGCUAUGUAGUGGUGACAACUUUGGUCUUCACCAGUCAACGGUUUCAAGAAUAAUUCAAAGAGUUACUACCGCUCUUGUUCAACCAAAUAUUGUCAAGCGAUUCGUUUCCUUUCCAAUGGACCCAGGAACUAUUCGAAAGCACCAGGUUGACUUUUUUGCCAUUGCUGGUUUCCCUGGCGUGGUUGGGGCGAUUGAUGGAACUCAUGUGCGAAUUAUAGCUCCCAGUGAACACGAAGUGGAGUAUGUCAACCGGAAAAACUUUCACAGUAUAAAUGUACAGAUUGUAUGUGAUGCCAGUUAUAAGAUUUUAGACAUCGUGGCAAGCUGGCCGGGAGCGACUCACGAUGCCAGAAUACUGAGGGAGAGUGGUCUAUUUCAGCUCUUUCAACGACGUUUAUUGCCCGUGAAAUGCCAUCUUCUCGGUGAUAGCGGUUAUCCUGGGAAAGACUGGCUGCUGACACCUUUUUUAAAUCCACAAGCUGGUCCACAGUCACGGUACAACAGGUAA